GAAAUGUGAAUUCUAUUAACUUGUAACUUAUCAAACUUUUUGGACAGUGUUGAUAAACUGUGCUGUGAUAUGGACUCUCGGUUUCCGGUCCCUGCGUUGAUGGAACUUGCGUAGUUGGUUAUGGACACGAUCUUUCUUAUAGUUCUCAUCUCGGCGCUCGCUCCGGGGAGGCUUUGUUCCCCCCGCGGCCCGCCCCACCCCACGGCGAGCUACGUAAAACGAUGGCGAUCGGAUUCAAGCGGAUUCAUAAAUGAUUCACGAAAUAUUGGUUCUGAAAAUAAUGGCUUCCAUGCCGUAUGGCCUAAAAAGAGUUUCAAGCUAUGUGUGUGCUAUCAAAAGACUGCGACUGAACAAAACGAGGCAUUCAGAAGAAUUGUUGCGGAUUUGUAUGAAGGCGAUAAUUUGUAUUUUAGUAAACGGAAGCGGCGGCAAAAAGCAUUCAAUCUAGAAGUUCCAGCCGAGUACGAACUUAUUCAAUCAAGCGAAGAGUAUAACUGCAUACAAGUGGAAUCUGCUAAUGGAACUUGUGAUGAAAUACAGGGUAAAUGGAAGAAGCAAUUUAACACCGGUAUAUGGUGCUCAUUAGCGGCGAGGACGGGUUGUGUCGGCGCUUACAAAAGAAAACGACAAAAACGCUCUUCAGAUUCUCGGCCGGAAUUGGUGUAUACUUUUAUUGAACAAGCUGUACAGCCCGGGGCGCAAGUUGCCCUCAAGUGUUCGGCGGUCGGGGAACCGCCACCUAGGUUUCGAUGGACCCUCGAUGGACAGCCAAUUCCUUCGCACCAUGGAGCGAUAAUAUCAGAAGGGCGCGACAACGGCCCAUCUGGUAUGGGCGGGAACAAUUAUAUCCUGUCUACACUCUCGCUGAGCACCGCGCGGGUGGAGCACGGUGGCCGGUACGAAUGCCGCGCGAGCAACGCGCACGGCUCGGUUGCGCAUGCCGCUCGGUUGAACGUCUAUGGUCCUCCAUACAUCAGAGCUUUGAAUCCAGUGAAAGCUGUUGCGGGUUCGGAAGUGACAAUAUGGUGCCCUUAUUACGGUUUUCCCAUUGACUCAGUAAAAUGGGAAGGUGGAGUGGGUAUUGAUCCCAGAUAUCAACAAGUUGAUGGCAGGCUAACUAUUAUAAAUGUGGAUAAAAACAGGGAUAAAGGGGGUUGGAUUUGUUCCGUAAUGACACCUGGAGGGGAGCUCGCGAGGAGAGAGGUGCAAGUGAACGUAGUGUCGCCUCCCGUCUUGUCGCCCAUCGUGUUUCCGCCCGGCUUGCGCUCCGGCGACCGCGCUCAGUUGACCUGCACUGUGACGUCAGGGGACAUGCCUGUUUACUUCUCGUGGCUCAAAGAUCAAAUGCCGAUUUCCAGCGUGCUACAGGUCGACGAGCGCGGCGCGGAGUUCUACAGUAUGUUGCUAUUCAAAAGCCUUACAGCAGCACACAGCGGCGUAUACACGUGUGUAGUGACGAACACCGCCGGCAAAGCUAAUGCGUCUGCUGAACUAGCCAUCAAAGUUCCACCGUACUGGCAAAUUGAGCCGUCAGACGCCGCCGUGCUACUAAAUGGAUCGCUCACGGUGAGCUGCGAUGCGCGCGGACAUCCAUCACCCGCUAUUUAUUGGACAAAAUUCUCUGGUAGUACAGAAACAGCGUUGGGAGCUGUAUCGGAUCCAGUGGUGCUUAGUAACGGCUCACUGAGGCUGGAGUCGGCUCGCGCGGAACAUUCUGGAAAAUAUCGCUGCAGAGCUGACAAUGGCGUCGCUCCGGCUUUAUCAAAGGCCCUUACGAUUCAUGUUAAUGAACCAGCGAGAUUCGAAACUCAAUCAGCGAACGUGACCGCCAAGCUGGGCGACACGGUGCGUUUGGUGUGCGUCGCCCGCGGCGACAGCCCGCUGGCGAUCGCGUGGAGCCAUUCCGGACGACCACUUCCUAAUUCUGAUUAUAGGAUGAGUAUAUCAGAAACUCGUAGCGCGGAGGGUCUACGCAGCGAGCUCGUAGUGGAGCGGGCGGAUAGACGCGACUCCGGCGUGUACCGCUGCCAGGCGUCCAACCCGUAUGGCAGAUCCGAUCAUUUCGUACAUCUGGGGGUGCAAGAACCACCAGAACCGCCUACAAACUUUCGCGUGCUGGACACAACGUCCCGAUCUAUUCGUCUUCAAUGGAGAAGACCAUACGACGGAAAUUCCCCUGUUAUCGGCUAUGUACUACAAUACAGAAGGCACGAUUCCACCAGUCCCGAUGUAUGGAGAGACGCAGAAACACACAACGUGUCUGUGUCUACACAUUCUAUAGAUUCUUAUACUGACGCGGAAUCGGCUACGAUUUCGGGCUUGGAGCCGGCUACGGCGUAUCUGGUUCGCGCGAGGACUAUGACCGCGCAGUUCGCGUCCGCACACACUCGCGCCAUACUCGCUCUGACGCUACAUGAGCCGCCUUCUAGACCACCUAUUAGUUUACGGGCGUCUGCUCCACGACCGUCUACUAUUGAACUUGCUUGGCAGGCGCCACCAAAAUCUUCCUGGAAUGGAGAGCUACUAGGCUACACAGUAUGGUGGUGGGCUUCAGCUGAUGGUUCCUUAGCUAGUGGAGUAAAUGUGGGGAUGGAGUUUUCUACCGUAAGGGGACAAGUCACAAAGUACGUUAUUGAAGGCUUGGAACAUUACACCAGGUAUUCAGUUAGCGUCAGAGCAUUCAAUAGUGCUGGCGCUGGUCCAGCAACUGCACCUGUAAAUACAUUGACCAAAGAAAGUGUACCAUCAGAAGGUCCCCGAGCGGUUCGCUGUAGAGCCGUAUCACCACAAAGUAUCAAAGUGGAAUGGUCUCCACCGCCUGCGCACGCGCAUCACGGAGCGCUACUGGGAUACAAGCUGCUGUACCGCCCUGAGCAUACGGCAGACUGGCUGGAGUGGGAGGUGCGGGGCGGGGGCACGGGCGGGGGGGCGCUAGCCGCAGCUGAGGUGAAGCGCGUGGCGGGCGUGGAGACGCUGCUGCUGGCGCUGCGCCCGCACUGCAACUACACGGUGCAGGCGCUCGCCUACACCGCCGCGGGGGACGGCGUGCCCGCGCUGCCCAUACACUGCACCACGCAGCAGGAUGUUCCAGGACCACCAGCUGCUGUAAAGGUGGCAGCUACUUCUAUAACAUCGCUUGCCGUUAGUUGGCUACCACCAAGUCGACCGAAUGGGCCCAUACUGUACUAUACAGUAUUUUAUCGAGAAUUGGGAAGAGAUCGACCACCACAGACAACCACAGUGCAAGCAGAAGACACAGAAGUCAUAGUAGGUUUGGGGGGUUACACAGAACUGCGUUCUCUAUCUGAAGGAGCGACGUAUGAAGCGUGGGUCGCGGCGCAUUCCGCUGCGGGGGAGGGGGAGCCGUCUGCACCACAACCUGCCACUACUACGUCUAGAGCGGCAGUCCGCGUUCUAUCCUUCGGUGUAUGGACACGCGUACAAUGCGGGCGCGCGGUCCGGCUCGCGUGCGCGUGGCGCGGCGAGCCGGCGCCGCGGGCCCGCUGGCUGCGCGCCGACCGACCGCUCACACACGACCCGAGAGCACGUCUCACGCCGAUGGGACAUCUUGUUAUACAUGACGUGGACGCAUCAACGAGCGGCAACUACACGUGCUCAGCUCGGAAUACUUAUGGCUCGGAGGAGGUUACAUAUCGUGUGGAAUGUGUCGUUCCACCAGCAGCUCCCACUCUGACCCUAGAACAUGCGGAUCAUCGAGAGGCUAAAGUGUCUUGGAGAACUUCGCAUCAUGUCACUGCUCCACCGCAUGGUUUCACAAUCUGGUGGGUUCGUGUCCGAGAAGACGACAGUGACGCUGAACAAACUUCCCGUAUAGACACAGAAGAGCACAGAAUAGAAACUGGUGGAGAGGCAACCAAUGUAGUACUAAGAGCUCUUGCAUGUGGUGCCAAGUAUUCUGUACGGGCUGUUGCACAUUCUCGAGCGGGAACUUCGCCGCCUUCUGUUCCACUUUUGGUCAGGACGAAGCCGCCAGUGUUAGUAUGGGAGGGCGGAGGAAAACUCGGCGAGAGUAUAGACGAAACAGCCGAAGCAGCAGUAUGGAGUAACAGCAGUUCCCUAGCACUCGAUGCUCGGCGUGCAGUGCGUUGUGGCGCUCGACUCGUGCGCUUGCAAUGGAGACGUGCUUCACCAGCUGUUCCUUUACCCGCUUGGAGAGAUGCAGAUCUUACUGCAUUGCAUCAUCAUCGCGAGGUGAUAGUCGGUGAUCUACCCGCCGGCACGUGGUUCGCUCUCCGUUUGUGGACAGCGACUGAUUCCACGCGACACCAAGCAGUUAUAUACGCAGCCACUAGUACUCAUUCAGGAGAACGUCUCCGCCGUCCCGCGUCUUUCGGCGCGGAGGCCACUGCGCCGGGUGGCGGUGCGGCGUCGCCAGACAGCUCGGAGCGCGUGCUCGGGGCUGUAUCGCUCGCGUUCGCCGCGCUCGCCGCGCUCGCUGUCACCGCGCUGCUGCUUGUGCUCAUGGCUAAACGGAGCACGCUCUGGUCGUGCGGGGCGGCAGUGGACGAAGAAACGCGUCGCUGCAGCCACUCCGUCGCCAGCACGGACAAAUCCGUGUGUCCCGAACAGCAGAACAUACGGAACUGCCAACAUGACUAUAAGCACGAUAAACUGUCGCCUGCUUCAGACGUAUACGAGAUAAGUCCAUACGCAACAUUCGCGGUGGGCGGUGAGACAGCGGCCACGCUGGACCACACGCUGCAGUUCCGCACGUUCGGGCACCGCGACAACGACGCGCCGCCGCACCGCCCCUGCAGGAAGCACCCGCAGCGGCACCGCGAGCGAGCUGACGUUGAGAAACACCACUCAGAAUGUGAGUUGCAGCACCUCACUCGCUAUGAGAAGGUCCGCCCGAGACACUGCGCGGGAACCUCUUAUUGCGUACCUCUGUCGCAUCAUGGUGGCGGUAGCGGCGGCGGGGGGGGCAGCGGCGGCGGCUUCUCGGAAGUGUACGCGGGCGACUCCAGCGCGGAGUCCGGCCCCGGCUCGCUGUCGCCGCGCACGCACCUGGAGCACAGCUAGCGGGGACCGAUUUACACCGAGAUGAACUAAUCUCCAGGUGGCAAGGGAAAGAAGAGUACGAUUUUUUAGAGGGACGCUAUCUACCUUUCCGACUCGGUGAGCGCGCCUGACAAGUAGAGUUCGUUCAUUUUUCAGGCUUACAUGCAGAUAUUUUCAGUUAAAUUUGCUGAUUAAGGUUAACUUCAUUGAUAAGGGUACUUGGGGUAAAUUAGUUGAGUGACCAAGAACAGUGAGUCCGGCCCUGUCUCGCUGUUCUCGCACACGCACCUCGAACAAAGCUAGCGAAGACGUAUAUACGUAUAAAUGUUCUAGAUUUGGCUGGUUUUGCAGACACUGAUGCGGAUAUAAUUUCAUUGAUUGUAAUUUUAUUUGUUAUUGUAAUAAUAUCUAAAUACUAAUUAGUAAUUUCCUUUCAAUUGAGUUCGAUAUCCGCGAUCGCAAUGUGAAUAAAAGGAGUAGAUUCAAUAAGGCGCUUAGCCACGCUUUCAAUUCAUUGAAAACUUUAUUAAUAAAAUCCCGGGAAAUAUAUUCAUUUUUAUAAUUCCGAGAAAGAUUAGGUACAAACCACACCCACACUAAUGAUCUAAAGUCUAAACCAAAGAACAGCUUCAAAGUGUGUACCUAUGUAAUUUUUUUAAAAAUUUAUUGAUACUAUGAUCACUCAACGUAAUUUUUUUAUCAUUUGGGACGCUUGUCCAAAUUUCUUACGAGCCUAAUAUUAUGCGAGCAACGAAUUUAAUAACCAAAGUUCGGUGAAUCUAACUCAGUAUAUAUCCCAAUUAGGCAUUCCGUUCCCGUCUGAGUUGCCAAAGUGAGGUGACUGAGGUUUUAAAGAACACUGUUGAGUGUUGAAUCACAAGAUCCAAAGUACUUAAUAUUAAUUGGAGUCAGGUGUGCACCGAAUUAACUAAGAGUUCUCGAUUCUAGAAGUUUCGAGCACUAAAGUAUAAUAAUUAUGUAACACCUUGAAAAAUGAAUUUUUCAGUGAUAGUACUAGGAACUAGUGUUAAAGGUUUAGGCUGUCUGUAACAUUUGGAGAAUGGUUUAUAGAAUGAAUAAAUUGUUACGCUGUUAAUUUAUUUGUUUACAAAUAAAGAGACUUGUAGGUAUUUAUUUAACACAAAUAAUAAAGAAAAUAAAAUGAAACUAAAGUAAUAAACACGAAUUAUUUUCUUCUCGAUCAUCGUACUAUCGAAGUAUCGAGUACCCUUCCAUUUGAUCUAAUCUUUAAUUUUUUGCUUUAAAAAAGCAGCAUUGCAAGUGACUUUUUAUCAGACUUAAUAAAUAAGUGCAGUGUAAAACUACACUACCUAGAAAGUACCUACAAACCGUAAAGUUUUAUAAAGUUAAUGAAAUUGGAAUUCUUAAUGGUCAAUAGGUAGAAUGAGAUCAAAAGCCAGCUUGAUAGGCUACAAAUUUUAUUUGCGACUGCAUUGAGUUCAUUUAACGGCUAUAGAAUCAGCUGCACAGGAAUCAGGACGAAUAAAAUUGAACUCGGAAUUAAAGGACUAAUUUGUUAAAUGUCGAAAAAAUAAAUAACUUUAUACAUUUAACAGUUAUCCUACAUGCACAUUUAAUACAUUUCAUUUCUAACAACAAACAUUAAAAGAGUAAAACAUGGGUAAUUACAUACAGUUUAUUCGACCGCGCCGGUAAAUGAUAAUAGGGCAUUUAUGUGAGAACGUUAAUUAGUUACUUUAAAAAGGUGUAGACUGUACGCAAUUAUUUUUAACACAUCAGCUACGAAUUUUGCAAAUGUUUAAUUUAAAAAUAAAUAUUAUUUUCAAAACAAUUAUUUUUAGCUUAUUUAAAUGCUUCUGUUCAAUCGAUACAUAAAAUUAGGUAUGUAAAGUUAAAUAAAUCAACUCCCAGUAUGAUUUGGGUAUAAGACUUUAACGAUAUCAUAGAAGGAUCGAAUUCUAUCUAAUAGGAUUAAAAAAAACAACAAACUAUCUAUAAAUAUUAGACGCCUAAAUGUUACCAACUCUUUAAUUAUAUUUAUAUGAAAAUGUUUAUAUUAACAAGUUUUAUUAUUGAAUUAUGUUUUAAACAUCUGCUAUGAUAUUGUUGGUGACAUGAAGCAGUCGUUAAACACUAAUUGAAUCUGAAACACUAUUUGGUGUAUUUAUACCCUGUGUAAUAUCUUUUAAUAUCUACAUUAUUGUUUAAUAAAUCCUCUACGGCCACGGCGUACCUUAAUUAUGGUAAUAAAAUGAGUUAAUUACGUCAUAAUUUUAAUGUUAAAGUGGAACUAUGUAACAUAGAUUACACUUACCUAGGUAGUAGGUUAUUAUUGAGAGCGCACGAAAGCAAACAAUUACCACA